CAUUCACAGUUCUUUUCGGUGGCGUUGGAGCCGAGAUCGUUGAAAUUGCGCAUAUAAUAUAGUACAUAUAGUGAACAAUUCAUUAUUCCCAAACUAUGGCAAACAAUGGUGGUUGGUGUGGACGCGAUUUCAAACAUCGCACUUUUCCCAAACACUCUCCUCUGAUAUGUUAUAAUAAACCUGCCUCGGCACAGGUCGACAAAACGCUAUAUGACGAUAAACGUUUUGAGGCGCUAACUGGCGAGAUUGUGGAGACGGUGAUCGUACCAAAACGCAGUGCGCGCACAUGGACAAUGCAGGCUGGCGAUUUGUGUCGCAUCACUGUGAGUGAGGGUCCACAGGUGGGCGAUGUGAAUUUUUGGAACUUGGAUAACACUCAAGAGCGUUUCUACUCCGGCAAGACACGUCAAUUGCACAGCACACAUCUCAAAGUUUACGACCGUUUGUGGAGUAAUUUGCCUUAUUUGAGACCGAUGGCCACUUUCGUUUACGACUCAUUGGCAGCCUAUGGUAUCGAUGAGGAUGGUGGUUCAUUGCAUGAUGUGAUUGGUACACGUUGCGAUGAUUAUACUUAUAAAUUGAUUACUGGCAAUGAUCGUGUGGGCAGCUGUCAUAGUUCGCUAACGAAAGCGUUGGUGGAGGAACGUGGCUUGAAAGAGGAAGAUGUACAUGAUGUGUGGAAUAUUUUCAUGUGCACAGGUUUUACACGAGAUACUCAACAAUAUUUCUGCAAACCCAGUCCAGCACGUAAAGGAGACUAUAUAGAAUUUAUUGCUGAUAUGAAUCUCUUGGUAGCAUUGAGUGCUUGCCCGCAAGGUGAUGUAUCCAUAACGGUUGGCGAAGAAGUGCCUGAUGAUGUCUGCCAUCCGCUGAAGGCAGAAGUUUUCCGAAAAAAACAUUAAUUUUUCCGAAAUGUCUUACUUCUUAUAAGCUUAAUAAAUGAUGUGUAAUUAAAAAAUACGAUUUGGUAAAAUUUAUUAUGGGCCGUAAUGAAUGAACUGCUAUGAUUGGAAAGGCAUGUACUUUGAGCAAAUUUUGUGUAUAAAAUUUGUGUUGGUGUUGCUUGUAAGUGAAUACAAUUUCGAGUUUCUUAUCAUAUCAUUUUUAAUAGAUAACUAUCUAACUAUAGACCUAUUGAUAUGAUCAUAAAUGUCAGUGAACCUAUGUCUGCCAAGAAACUGCGAUUUAGUGUACGCGCUCAAGCUUUAUGUGAUUUUUAUUGUAUCAUAAGUAGUGUUGCGGGAGAAUGGCUUGGAGAGUUCAACAGGACUUCGCUUUAUUUGGGGUAAUAAAUUGCUGAUAAUUUGCAAAAAUGGUAUAGCUGUGAAUAGUAUUUGAAUUGUCAAAUAAUUGUGAUUUUUUUUUUAAUUUUACAUGUAAAAUCAACAUAAAAAUUCACUCCAAUAAUUGCAUAUAUAUUUAUAUAUAUGUAUAUAUAUACAUAAUUGUAUAUUUAUUUAUAUUUUGUAAUACACAUAUACAUACAUAAUACAGUAGUAUUUAUAUUAUGAUUUUUGUUGUUUCAAUAAAUGAAUUAAUAAAUGUUUAACGUUUCAUUGAAAGCGCACUCGUCACUUUCUCAAGCUUUAUGUGGUUUUUGUUGCUAAAUGUAAAACAGCAUAUUUGCGUAUUCGCGUAGGUCGUACAGGUCAUAAUUUUAACUGUUGAGUUGUUGAUUUUUGUUGGACUCCGAUUUCAUAUGGUAUAUAUUUAUAUAUAAUGUGAGUUUUUUUACUCAUUUCUUGUUUGCAUCGAUUUUGAUUAAACAUACAUAACUGUGAACU